UUGUUUCUCUUCCCAGACAUCUUCACGCAGCAGUGCCACUUCCUGCGUCAGGCCGGCCACUCGGAGAAAGCCGUCUCUCUGUUUCAGGCCAUGAUCGACUUCACCUUCUUCAAACCCGACAGCGUCCUGAAGCUGUCCACCCGGCAGCAGGUUGAGUUCUUCGAGCCCUUCUGGGACAGUGGAGAGGCCAGAGUGGGGGAGUUUGGGGCCCGAGGCUGGAGGGCCUGGAUGCACCAGCAGGAGCGGGGGGGCUGGCUCCAGCCCGACGCAGGACCGGUGGGCGGGGGGAAGCAGGGGCUGAAUCACGCUCAGCACGUUGCUGAGAAACUUCUCCCCCUGCUUUCCAAGCCCCGCCCACUUCCUGCCUCCCUGGAGGGUGGUCAUGUGACCAACGGAGUUGGACCCGGGCUCGGGCAGGUUCUGUUUGAUGACAUCGGCCCGUCCCUGAUCUGUUUCUCCUCACCGAAACUCCAGCUCAGACUUCUUCUGAACUUCCUCUCUUUCCUCGGGCUGCCGGUGGCCUCGGGGCUCUCUGCUGCCCCCUGUCUGCCGGGCAUGCUGCUGGAGAACCUGUCUCUCCUCACCCAGGAUUUUGAGUCCCAGCACCCUCUGACCUCCUCCUACCUGCCCGAGCCCGGGUCCAACUCUGUUGGUCACAUGACCACCCUCCAGGGAGGCAGGAAGUGGGCGGGGCUUGGAAAGCAGGGGGAGAAGUUUCUCAGCAACGUGCUGAGCGUGAUCCAGCCCCUGCUUCCCCCCGCCCACCGGUCCUGUCUGGCUCUCAGCUUAAUCCAGUACGAGAAGCUCAAGACCUACUGCAUCGACAACGAGGCGCUGUACGACAUCUGCUUCCGCACGCUGAAGCUGACCACGCCCACCUACGGAGACCUCAACCACCUGGUGUCCGCCACCAUGAGCGGCGUCACCACCUGCCUCAGGUUCCCCGGCCAGCUCAACGCCGACCUGCGCAAGCUAGCGGUCAACAUGGUGCCCUUCCCCCGGCUGCACUUCUUCAUGCCGGGCUUCGCCCCGCUGACCAGCCGGGGCAGCCAGCAGUACAGAGCGCUGUCCGUUCCCGAGCUCACGCAGCAGAUGUUCGACGCCAAGAACAUGAUGGCGGCCUGCGACCCGCGCCACGGGCGCUACCUGACGGUGGCGGCCAUCUUCAGGGGCCGCAUGUCCAUGAAGGAGGUGGACGAGCAGAUGCUGAACGUGCAGAACAAGAACAGCAGCUACUUCGUGGAGUGGAUCCCCAACAACGUGAAGACGGCCGUGUGCGACAUCCCGCCGCGCGGCCUCAAGAUGGCCGCCACCUUCAUCGGCAACAGCACCGCCAUCCAGGAGCUGUUCAAACGCAUCUCUGAACAGUUCACCGCCAUGUUCCGCCGCAAGGCCUUCCUGCACUGGUACACGGGCGAGGGCAUGGAUGAGAUGGAGUUCACGGAGGCGGAGAGCAACAUGAACGACCUGGUGUCGGAGUACCAGCAGUACCAGGACGCCACGGCCGAGGAGGAGGGCGAGUUCGAGGAGGAGGGCGAGGAGGACCUGGCCUAG